AUGCGGCUAGCUCAGCCAAGAAGAGGACUAGAUUCGAGCCGCGAGAGUAAGGAAGAAAUAGAUCAAGCUCAUAAUAAUAUUCAUGAUGACAAAGCCCCUGGAGUUGAUGGUUUCAAUGCUUUUUUUUACAAGAAAGUAUGGCACAUCAUCAAAGGUGAGGUUUAUGAGGCCAUUUUGGAUUUCUUUGAUGGUAAUCAGUUUCAUAAUGCCAUUAACUGUACUGCUGUCACUAUUAUUCCUAAAAUAAAAAAUGCAACUUAUGUUAAAGACUAUAGGCCUAUAGCUUGCUGCACUGCUGGUUUUCUUCCUGAAAGACAGUUGAUGGACAAUGUUUUACUUGCUUCUGAACUGAUUAAGGGUUACAAUAGAGCUUAUAAUAGUCCUAGGUGCAUGGUAAAAGUGGACAUUAGGAAAGCUUAUGAUUCUUUGAAGUGGAGUUUUCUUCAAAAGGUGAUGGAGGAAUUGGGGUUUCCUAAUCAAUAUAUUCAGUGGGUAAUGGUUUGUGUUCGGACUCUUUCAUUCUCAAUAUUGGUUAAUGGCUAUCCCACACCCCCAUUUGCUGCUGCUAAGGGAUUAAGGCAAGGUAGUUUACAGCCUUAUCUCUUUGCAAUAGGGAUGGAGUAUUUGACUAGAAGACUUGCUGGUUUGGCUAACAAGAAAAAUUUCAAGUACCAUCCAAAGUGUCAAAGAUUGAAGAUCACCCAACUAAUCUUUGCUGAUGAUUUUUUGAUGUUUGCUAGAGGUGAUGUUCACUCUGUUUUGCUUCUUACCUCUGAGUUUGCCAGUUUCUCUGAAGCCUCUGGGUUGCAUGCAAAUCCAGAGAAGAGUUGUAUUUACUUUUCUGGAGUUACAGAUGAUGUUCAGAGUCUUAUUCUGAAGGAGACAGGCAUGACUAAAGGGGAUCCUCCUUUUAGAUAUUUAGGUGUGCCUCUUUCUUCCAGAAAGCUCAAUUAUAGCCAAUGUAGGCCUUUAGUUGAGAAGAUUACUGCUAGAAUUCAUCAUUGGUCAGUUAAAUCCCUUUCCUAUGCUGGUAGAUUUCAAUUGUUGCAGAGUGUGAUUGGUGGUAUGAUGAAUUUUUGGGCUCAGCUGUUCUGCUUGCCUAAAAAGUGGAUUAAGCAAGUGCUUCGUAUAUGCAGGAUCUAUCUUUGGACAGGGAAAGAGACUCCCUCAAGGAAGGCUUCUCUUGCUUGGGAGCAAGUGUGUUUACCCAAGGUUUGUGGAGGUUUGAAUCUGAGGAAUAUGAGAAUUUGGAAUCAAGCUGCGUUGUUGAAGCUGUUAUGGGCAAUCUCUGUCAAAAAGGAUAGACUUUGGAUCCAAUGGUGGCAAGGAUGGCAAAGUGUGACUGAAAAUGGAGCAUUCUCUAUCAAAAAAGCUUAUAUGAAGCUUUUGGGUACUCAUUCAAAGGUUAGUUGGAGGGGGCUUGCUACAAGGGACAGAUUGCUUAGCUGGAAGAUCCAAUGCUCCGCUGCUUGUGGGUUAUGUGAUUCUGCAGAUGAAUCAGUGGAACACCUUUUCUAUCAGUGCAGUUAUAUCCAAGCAGUAAGGUUGCAGGUAUUUGGUAUGUUUGGCUUGGGUGUUCUACCCCCUGGUUCUUGGACAGAGGAAAGGGAUAAUGUGCAACUUCGAGUUGUCAAUUAUAUCCUUUAUGGAAAUGACAAAGCCACUCGAUAA